AUGGCCAAAUAUACCAGGAAAUUGACGCCAAUUGUUGGUGAUGAACGUAGACGAAAGCGGGCUUGCCACGACCGAACUCAGACUGUCAUGAAGAAAGGGGAUGAGCUAGCUGUGUUGUGUCCAGGAACUAGGGUCUGGGUUAUUGUUCAAAACGACGAACAGACGUGUAUUUACAGUUCCGAAGAGUCUUCCUCCCUGCCUGUGCUCUCAGGCAAUGAUAAUGUCAUAAGUACAGGCCCUGGCGAUUACAGAACACACAACGAAGCUAUGGCAACAGGGCUUACUUCGUCUACACGAUAUACUCCCCCACCUUCCACUGCACAAUCCGCAACUUCAUUCGUACCUGCCGCAACCUCACCUCCAGUUACUAAUUCAGCUCCCUCCACCAUGAGCUCGCCUCCGAUGCCUGUUAGCUCUUCGAGUUAUACCCGGGGUAUCAAACGGACAAAUUCAGCACUAGACCGAGGGCGGACGUUUUUAAACCCAUAUGAUGUUCCAAAUGAUGAUGAAGAGGGUUCGGAAAGGAUGUCAAGACCCAGAAAAUAUCUGGGUGAAGCCGGUCACUCGAACCCCCGCCGAAGCAUCUCCCGAAUCAAAGACGAAAUGAUCUCAAGAUCCCUCAUGAGAGAAAUACCAGAGUUCAGGUCAUCGCGUGAAAGAUCGUCGUCAGGAUCUAGGGUUCACGUUUAA